CAAAUCGGGUCCAGAAAUAAGUCGAGAAUCAGAACCAAAGAACAGAGAACUGUUGUCUAUUCUCCUACCCAAUCGGGGAAGAAGAAUAACGCGCGGGGAGACUCAGCUGUAGCAGGGAACAAUUAGGGCUCAGAGCUCGCGGAGAAAUGAAGACCACGAAGGGAGGCAAAGUCAUGAACCCUACCGAUGCCUAUCGGAAGGAGCUUCGUAAGCGCGAAUUGAAACGGAAUAAAAAAGAAAGGAAGAAGGUGAGGGAAGUGGGUAUUUUGAAGAAAGAUCCUGAGCAAUUGAGAGAGCAAAUUCAGAAGCUAGAAGUCAUGAAGGCAGAAGGUGCUCUGGACAAAGCAAGAAAACACAAGAAGAGGCAACUUGAAGAUACCCUAAAUCUUGUUAUCAAGAAGAGGAAGGAAUAUGAAGAUAAAUUGAAAGAUAAGGGUGAAGCACCAGUUAUGUUCAGUCAUUUGGGACCACCUCCACGAAGGCGGGCUACUGCUGAAGAGGAAGAUAGGGUCAAACACCCAAAACCUGAGGACUCGGUCUAUUAUCACCCUACACUAAAUCCUACUGGAGCUCCUCCUCCUGGGAAGCCUCCCAUGUUUAAAUCAUCAAUAGGACCUAGAAUACCAUUGUCAGAGGCUUCAUCUAGUGGUGCUGGAUCAUCGUCAAUGCUUGAAUUAGAGGAUGGUGGUUUACCCGCCUCUCUUCCACUUCCUUCACCUCCUUACCCAAGUAAUGCAGAUUCUGUAGAUGGUUCAAUGAUGCCUUCAUCUUUGCCUUUACCUCCUCCACCUCCUAUGCCUCCAAAACCCGCAACGGCAGACUUGGACACAUCGUUGCCAACACCUCCUUUGCCACCACCUCCUCCUGGACCCCCACCAAAGGAACAUGGAGGAAUUCACUCGUCACUCCCCCCACCCCCACCCCCACCACUCCACCAUUCUGCUCAACCUCCUCCACCGGGUAUUGGUGGAAAUGAACUGGGAAAAAGUCAGCCUGGGAAAGUGGAGGAUCCAUCAUCAAUGGAACAAGCCAAGGCUUCAGUUACUCUUCCUCCACCACCUCCACCUCCUGGGUUACAAUUAAGGUCUGAAGGGGCAUCUUCUGAAAAUGACUCUAAAGCUCCCUUAGGAGGGACGGAAGAUCUGCUAAGAAUGGCUCCGCCACCUCCACCUCCUCCAAGGCAACAGCCUUUAGUUCCUGGACCUGCUAUAAUCCCAUCUUUGCAAACUGAUAUGUUGCCUCCAGGAAUUUCUCGGUUCCCUCCACCUUCACCUCCUACAGAUAUGAGGCCACCACCCGGAAUUGUUGGCCAACCUCCUCCCCCUGGAGUAAUGGUUCCACUAAUUCCUAGGCCACCCUUUGGACCUCCACCGAUGAUGAGACCACCACUUCCGCCCGGGCCACCUCCUAUGCCGCAGGAUAGUACCAGGCCACUCAUUUCUCAAAAGCCAUCCUAUGUUAAAUCAGCUGCAUCAACGGUUAUUAAGAGGCCUCUUGCUCAGCAUACUCCAGAACUUACUGCUAUGGUUCCUGCAUCUGUGCGUGUUAAGAGAGAAUCUGCUCUUCCAAAAUCAAAACCAAAGCCAUCAACAACAGUUGUGGCCAACCAGCCCAUGUUUACUGCAGCAGUUUUGAAGCAAGAAUCCACCAGUUCAUCUCAACCAAAGCCACAAAGUAUCGAUGACUCUUAUAUGGCUUUCCUGGAGGACAUGAAAGCUCUUGGUGCUCUUGAUGGCAACAAAUGACCCAACGGAUAGAUGGAAACUUGGGAAGGUGCAAAAGGGACAACUAGUAGCUACGACUGUGUGUGUGAUGUUCUAAGAAUUUAUUUAAUAGGGCAUCAUGUUAUCCGAUCUGGUGGAGGUUUGGGGGGGUAGGAGAGGAGGGUGUAGAAAGGACAUUCUUUUCUUGAAUUUUCUACUUUUCCAUUCUGGUUGGCAAUCUGCUGUAGCCGGACAGAGUACGAAUGUACUACUUCAGAUAAAGAAUACUUUUGUUUCAGCUUACAAGUUGCCCACUAACUAUAUAUUGUGAAUGGGAAAUCUUCUCUUUCAGCUUA